UAAUAAAGGGUUAUGUUUGUACCACGUGAAUUAUGAUUCUAAUUUCCAAUAUAAAUACAGUUACUUUUACACAGUUUUAAACUAUAACUUGAUUAAUAUGCAAUGAUAUUGUAUUUUAUAGUAUAAGAAGUAUUAUCAACGCAAGUGAUUGAACAAAUAAUUAACAAUGAAUAAAAGAAAACUUGAAGAGACUGAAAGCAAUCAAAACAAUGAAGAUUCUUCAAUAGAAAUUAAACGGAUUUUAUCACGUUUUAAAUCAGACAAGGGUGAAAUAUUACCAGGAGGUUUGCUAGAUCUGCCCAUUAAUAUUACUGUUGAUAAAUUGCAAGAAAUUUGUAAUGCACUUUUGCAACACGAAGAACCUAUACCUUUUACAUUUUAUGUAAAUGAUGUUGAGAUUGUAGACAGUUUAGAAAAUAAUAUCAAUGAAAAUUUCAGUAUCAGCGAAGAUGUAGUUGAAAUUGUAUAUCAACCUCAAGCAAUUUUUAAAGUUAAAGCAGUUACAAGAUGUACUGGUUCGUUAGAAGGUCACAAAGAAGCUGUAAUAUCAGUUGCAUUUUCACCAGAUGGAACAGGUCUAGCCAGUGGUUCUGGAGACACAACAGUUAGAUUUUGGGAUAUUUAUACGCAAACGCCGUAUUAUACGUGCGAGGGUCAUAAACAUUGGGUUUUAUGUAUUUCGUGGUCUCCGUGCGGGACGAAGCUUGCGUCUGCAUGCAAAAAUGGGACAAUUUUAUUAUGGAAUCCGAAAACAGGCAAACAAAUAGGAAGAACUAUGUUAGGCCACAAAAUGUGGGUAACUUCUUUGUGCUGGGAACCAUAUCACAGAAAUCCAGAAUGUCAGCAUUUAGUCAGUGCUUCAAAAGAUGGGGAUUUAAGAAUAUGGGAUACAGUUAGAGGACAAACUGUUCGCACCCUUACUGGUCACACAAAAAGUGUGACAUGUGUUAAAUGGGGAGGUAAUGGACUUAUUUAUUCUGCAUCUCAAGAUAGAACUAUUAAAGUAUGGAGAGCUGAAGAUGGAAUUUUGUGCAGAACUUUGUUAGGUCAUGCACAUUGGGUGAAUACAUUAGCAUUGAACGUAGACUAUGUACUUAGGACUGGUCCUUUCCAUCUUGGAAAAAGUGAAGAAAAUGCUAUGGAAUAUGCAAAGAAACAGUAUCAGUCUGUAGGCGAAGAAAUACUUGUUUCUGGUUCUGAUGACUUUACGUUAUUUCUUUGGAAACCAGAGAAGGAGAAGAAACCUAUUGCAAGAAUGACAGGUCACCAGCAGCUGAUUAAUGAUGUAAAAUUUUCUCCAAAUGGUCGUACAAUCGCGUCAGCUUCAUUUGAUAAAUCUAUAAAACUGUGGGAGGCGAAUACCGGAAAAUAUAUAACUUCUUUAAGAGGACAUGUGCAAGCUGUAUAUUCAGUUGCAUGGAGCGCGGAUUCUCGGUUACUUGUUAGUGGAAGCGCAGAUUCUACUUUGAAAGUGUGGUGUAUGAAAACAAAGAAACUUUGUCAAGAUUUACCAGGUCAUGCAGAUGAAGUUUACGCUGUAGAUUGGUCUCCGGAUGGACUACGAGUUGCAUCUGGUGGAAAAGAUAAAGUUUUAAGGUUCUGGCAGAAUUAAAUAAUGUAUAUAAUAAUAAAUAAUUUAAUAAUAAUAA